AACAUGUUUGGCUUCAAGUUUGGGUCUAAAAGGUUUCCGUUCAUGGAACGGGAAAAAACAGUGUACGCUGCUCUCCGUGAUGGAGCUUCAUCUCCGAGUGAUGACGACCUCGAGGAGAAGAACAGCUACGCGAGACCCACCUCGACGAUGCCAGGACGGCUCUGGAGAAUAUCAGUAGUACUGUUGCUCCUGGCUACAAACCUCUCGACUCUCAUUGCUCUCAUAACGACUAAACAACUUGCUGCUCAGAUCGAUUCAGGAGAUCCGGUGUAUACACCAAAGUCCUGGGCUCGAGUUGACACACUCCCAACGACCUUUACACGGUUCAACUGGUGGACCGUAUACAGCGAAAAGAACUUCACGGAGACGGACGCUCUCUGGGACGCCAUCAAUCCCGCCCAUGGCUUCAUUGCCAUGGAUCGCGAGUGGGCGAAAUCCCAACAUUGGCCAGACAGCAUGCACUUACCGAGCGAUCCGAGCAAGAAUGUGUAUCUCCUGGAGGCGUAUCACCUCCUCCACUGCACGGUUAUCCGCAAGACCUUUUGGCAAGCCAUACACCGCGAGGAGCCUUACUACUUUAAUCCCCCGCACGCAGGUCAUUGCAUCGAUAUGCUGCGGCAGUACGUGAUGUGCAAAGCGGACAACACACCACUGUAUCUUUUUGGCGAUGACACCGCGGGAGAUGAGCAGUACCGAAAAUGCAACAAUUGGGACGUUCUGAGGCAAUUCGCUACUGAUAAUUCGGCAUGCUACCGUGAUACGCCACCAGAUGUUGACAAGAACACGUUCCCGCUUGGGGCCCACUUUGGGUACUGCGACGGUGGAUAUGACGGGCUAAUAGAGGGGGAGAGGCGAGGGCCCUGGAAACACGGCGUUGUUUUUGACGGGCCGGAUUGAGUGGCGCUAGGAAGACGCAUGACACGGCGGUCGUGGACUAGAUGUCGCGAAGUGUGCAGGGAGAGUGAGGGAGAGCGGCAUCACAUGAAAGAUGUAAACGAAUGAAAGACCUAAAUGACCGUCCUCUGUCUGACGAGUUGGUGAGUAACGGUAGGGGGUGAAGGUAGCUGGCUAGGUAAAGGAAGGAUACGAUGCAUGGAAAAUAUCGG